AUGUCGUUCCAACGCUCCAGCGCCCUCGAAUCGCAACCCACAACAUGGCGAAGGGAAGACGAUGCAUCUUACGCCGAUGACCCAGAGUUCCGCGACUUCGCUGAUAAGCUUUCCGAUGACCUCUUCGCAUUGACUCGUAAUGUUGCCCGUCUGUCGCAAGAGACCGCCAAGCUAGGAACCAAGCACGAGACAGCCCGUGUGCGCGAGCGCGUGAAGACCACCGUUGAGGAGACAUCGGAUAAAUUCAAAGAGCUCGGAGAGGGAUUGAAGAAGAUUACAACCUGGCCUGAUGUCGGACCAUCGCAAAAGUUUACGCAGUCGAAGCUUCAGCGCGAAUUCAAAGCCUCGCUCACCGAGUUCCAACACCUACAGAAGCAAGCGCUAGAGAAAGAGAAGCAAUCGGCACAAGCGGCACGCACUGCCCUGCAAGACGUAUCAUCGCCAAGCGAAGAGCGGGGAGGGGAGUUCGGGCAACAACAAGAGCAGGAGCAGCUGCGCUUGGCAAACCAGGAUGAGGUCGACUUCCAGGAAUCGAUGAUCAUCGAGCGUGAAUCCGAGAUCCGCAACAUCGAGCAGUCAGUUGGCGAGCUGAACGAGCUCUUCCGCGAUGUGGCGCAUAUGGUGCACGAGCAGGGAGCUCAACUCGACAUCAUCGAAGAGAACGUCGAGACUACUCACGACGCGUCGAGAGGUGCACACGUGAACCUCAAGCAGGCAAGCAACUACCAGAAGAGUGCGAGGAGUAAGGCGUGCAUUCUUUUGCUUAUCCUCGCUAUUGUUUUGGUCAUCAUCAUCCUUGCCGUUGGCACCCAUUCCGGUGCCAGCCUGCUCGCUCUUUCGCCCACGUGCCUUCUCGUCAAAAUCCAACCUUGCGGAAAAGAUUCUUCCGACAGCAUCGUUGUUGAGAUUGGUCACGAAUGCAUGAAAUACAACGUCCAAAAGGCAUUCUUGACUUACUACUCGGGAUACUUCUCCAAGGCACUGAAUGGAACCUGGAAAGAAGCGAGAGACAAGGUUGUACGUCUUGCCGACAUUGAGCCUGCCAUCUUCAACCUAUUCAUCGAGUGGCUAUACACCCAAAACCUGCCCAAUCUCACCACUCUCGAUGCGAACGAAAUUAAUGCGUCUAAUCAAUUGUGGAAGAUCAAGCUGUACGCAUUCGCCGACCGAUUUGCAGUGAGUCGAUUGAGAACCGCUCUGAACCUAGAGAUUGUGAAGGAUGCAGCGCCUCCCCACCUAUCGAUGUGGACUUAUACUGCUAUCAUCUAUGCUUUUGCGAAUCUUCCCUCCACAGACCCGCUCCUGGACCUUUUCGUGGAUAUACACUAUAUAUACUUGAGUGACAAGGUCAACAACCCCGAGGCAAGAGGCUGGUUGGACAGAUUGCCACGGGAGUUCCUCUUACGUUUUUUCAAGAAACUACCACGAACAUACAACAGACCAGCAGAAAAGGGAAUGCGCUCACCAAACCAAACCGCAGCCCCAAUUGACUUUGCUGAAACGGGGACUUAG